AUGCUCGGGUCCCACUGGCCGGUCCUGCUGUUGGCAGCGAGUCCCGUCGUCCUGGCUCGUGAGCACAUCCCUCGGACGCUCCAUGCUCGUCAGGACGACUCGCUUCUGAGCCAGAUCUGGACGUCGCUCGAGAUCAUUGCUUCGAACGCGGUUACUUGCCCAGCGAGCUGUGCUGGCUGGCUCCUCUCUUCAGCCGAGUGCGGCUUCGAGAUCGCGGCGACGUUCUCGCUCGAGACGACCAUUUCCUGCCUGUGCGAAGACAUCGGCGACGACUUGCGCGACUGCGCAACUUGCGUAGCAGCCGACAGCUCGUCGAGCGCAGACGCAAAAUCAGCUGCGGCCGGAGUCGCAGACUUAUUCGACCAAGGCUGCGGUAUGAUUGGACACACGCGCUCGUCUAGCGCAGUCGCCGCCUCGAAGACGAGCCUUGCCGCACCUUCGACCUCUUCGACCUCUUCGGCUACUCGUCCGGCUACGACGAUGCAGGCGACCAUAGAGACCGCGCUGCCCAACGAGGCAAUCACCCUCGGCACCGAUUCAAACGGCUUCACCUACCUCAGCACGAUCAGCUACAGCAUCAGCUACGACACCCCGCUCCAAGUACAGUCAAUCAUCUCUCAAGCAUCCGCUUCUUCCGUCUCGGUGGCUUCUGCCUACAACAGUUCUCUCGCUGCCGCCCUUGCCAGCUCGAUCGCCGCUUCGUACGCUCGCGCAGCAGCCAGCUACACGGUCGGCACGACCGUCCAAGGACAGCAAACCGAGACAGUCUUCACGGCGGCGGGACCGGCCAACACGGGGACGAGCGCAGCGUCGUCGGGCCACAGUUCGGGCGGAAAAGGAGUCGCUGGCUGGCGCGCUGGCUGGACUGGCGCUUUUGCGGGAGUCGCGGUGGUUCUCUAUCUCCUGUAG